AUAAAUUACUACAUUAUAUGAGCUCUAUGUACGUACUUUUUAUUGUGAUAAUAAUAUAUAAUAUAUAAUUAUCAAUUAUGGACACUACUAGACCGAAUGACAAUAAAAGGGUAAGAGCUGAACCCGCCGAUUUUGAGACAGCAAUUAGUGCAUCCGGUUUUGGACUAUUUAAUUUUAUUUUACUUCUCGCCGCAAUCCCUGCAAAGUCAGCUGUUAUUUUUCAAACUACAACAAUGUCCUACGUUAUGCCAGUUGCAGAAUGUGACCUAAAACUCACACUCUUGGACAAAGGUGUACUGAAUGCAAUGACAUAUGCCGGUAUGAUUACUUCAGCAAUAUUUUGGGGUUACCUUUCUGAUACGAAAGGACGUAAAAAUAUCUUAGUCUUCGGUUAUAUAGCAGAUGCCGUUUGUGUGUUGUGCAGUGCAAUGAGUCAAACCUUUGAAAUGGUUGCUGUUUUCAAAUUCUUUGGAGGAUUUAUUGUCAAUGGUCCCGGUGCAGUCUUACUUACUUACGUGACAGAAUUACACGGUAACAAAUAUCGUGCGCGUGUGGUGUUGAUAAUAGGCGUUAUAACCUCCACUGCAACUUUAGCACUGCCUGCUUUAUCGUGGGCUAUUUUUCCACAAGAAUGGCAUUUUGUUAUAUCAGAAAACUUUAGUAUACAUAGUUGGCAAAUAUUUCUAGCAAUUUGUUGCUUUCCCAGCUUAAUGAGUGGUUUGUUAUUUACAAUAAUGCCAGAGAGCCCAAAAUUUUUGAUGUCACAAGGUAAAAAUGCUGAAGCUUUGCUAGCUUUUCAAAAAGUAUAUUAUUUCAAUACCAGAAAACCAAAAUCUACUUAUCCAAUAAAAUCUUUAGUUGAGGAAGUACCAAGUCGUGAUGGUAAUAUCAAUGAGUCUGUUUACACUAUUGAAGCGAAGGCAAACACAUUGACACAACGUAAGCAUAGGAAUGGUUUGGAGGCGCUUCGUGAUGGUUUACAACAAAUGAAACCAAUGAUUCGCAAACCUUUAUUAGGUCACUCUAUACAUGUUUACACAAUGCAAUUUUGUCUGCUACUUGGGCUCAACACAAUUAGACUUUGGCUGCCACAGCUUUUCGCUUCAAUUGCCGAAUAUGAAGCAUUAAACCUGGGCAAUAAAUCUUCAUCCAAUCUCUGCACAAUUUUGGAAUACAGUGUUAAUAAAACUGCGACAGCUGUGAUUAAUUACCCUGAAACUUGUGAGACAAAUGCUCAUGUCUCUAUGGAUAUGUACAUCAAUAAUAUUAUUGUUGCUGUCGCAACGCUUGUAGGAUAUUGCUUUGCGGGUUCUAUAGUAAAUCUUUUGGGAACUAAAAAUAUGCUGAUUUGUGGCCUUUUCAUUUCGGGCGCAUGUGGUUUAAGCCUUUAUUGGUCCUCGAGUGGUUUAACAACAUUGGUUAUAUCCUCUUUAUUUAUUGCUGUGUGCAGUGUUUCUACUUCAACCCUUUUAAGCGUUAUAGUCACACUUUUUCCAACAACUUUAAGGACUUUGGUUGUUUCAUGUGCUAUGAUGUUUGGUCGCUUAGGUGCACUUUCUGGUAAUAUGCUGUUUCCGGUUUUCAUUGAAAUCGGUUGCAUUCCACCUUUUCUAAUGGUUGGCUUGGUUUUAUUUUGCGCUGGAAGCUUAGCUUGUAUUUUACCUAGUCCGAAAAAGACGAUAUUUAUUUAAAAUAUAUAGUACAUAUAAAAUUAUAAUUACGAGAUU